UCUUGUUGACAACAUCAUCCCGAUCUGCGGAGAGACACGUUCGAACGUAUCACAAAAUGCGCAGACCGUUCAAUUUUUCCUUUGCCCCAAUCGAUGGACGAGCUUGGCGGGUACAUAUAGGCGGGCGCAAGCUGUCUCAAAGCCCGUCCGUUCCUUUCUUCCUCUUCCUCUCUAGCUCCGCCCUGCGCCCUGACACCUUGGGCGGCUAAUCCACUACAUAACUUCCCUAGUCGCUGCAGCCCCUCGCCAGAAACCACCAUGUCUUCCAACAUCCGCUCGCGUCUCGAAUGGUUUGCCAACCUCUCCACUACCAAUGCCCCCGUCCCUACCGAGGACACCAAGUUCCUCCGCAAGACCGCGAUCAUCGCGACUAUCGGCCCUAAGGUCAACAAUCCCGAGAAGCUCGCUGAGCUCAUGCGUGCAGGUGUUAACAUCGUGCGCAUGAACUUUUCGCACGGCGAAUACGAGUACCAUCAGAGCGUCGUCGAUAACACUCGGGCUGCGGUUGCCGCGAACCCUAACUUCCGUCCGAUCGCCAUUGCACUCGACACGAAAGGUCCGGAAAUUCGUACCGGUCUCAUAAGGGAUGGCCAGGACAUUUCCAUCAAGGCCGGCCAUGAAUUCAUUAUCGCCACUGAGGAAAAGUACUCGAAGAUCGGUGACGACAAGAUUCUCUACAUGGAUUACAAAAACCUCCCCAGAGUGACUGCGCCUGGGAAACUCAUCUAUGUUGAUGAUGGUAUUCUUUCCCUCCUCGUCACUGCCAUCGACGGCCCCAACGUACACGUCCGUGCGUUGAACAACGGCACCCUCUCUUCGCGCAAGGGUGUCAAUCUUCCCAAGACCGAUGUCGACCUCCCGGCACUCUCUGAGAAGGACAAAGCUGAUCUUCGGUUUGGUGUCAAGAACGGUGUUGACAUGGUUUUCGCGUCUUUCAUCCGUCGCGCGCAGGAUGUCCGCGACAUCCGCACCGUCCUCGGCCCUGAUGGCGCGAACAUCAAGAUCAUAGUCAAGAUUGAGAACGAGCAGGGUGUCGCGAACUUCGACGAGAUCCUUAGGGAGACUGAUGGUGUCAUGGUCGCUCGUGGUGACCUUGGUAUCGAGAUCCCCGCCAGCCAGGUUUUCGUCGCUCAAAAGAUGAUGAUCUCCAAAUGUAACAUGGCUGGCAAGCCCGUCAUCGUUGCCACACAGAUGUUGGAAUCUAUGACUUAUAACCCCCGCCCCACUCGCGCGGAGGUCAGUGAUGUCGCCAACGCCGUCCUCGACGGUGCCGACUGUGUCAUGCUGUCUGGCGAGACUGCCAAGGGAUCGUACCCUGUCCAGUCCGUUCUCAUGAUGGCCGAGACUUGCAUGCUGGCGGAGGCUUCCAUCUGCUACCCUCCUCUGUACGAUGAACUCCGGUCCCUCACUCCUCGACCGACCGACACCGUUGAGACUGUCGCUAUCGCCGCGGUUGCUGCUGCUGACGAGCAGAAUGCGUCUGCUAUCGUCGUUCUCUCGACCAGCGGCAACACUGCGCGCCUUGUCUCCAAAUACCGCCCUCGUUGCCCCGUCAUCACUGUCACGCGCAACCAGCAGACUGCACGACAGAUUCACCUUCACCGGGGAAUUUAUCCAUUUUGGUACCCAGAGCCUCGGGGUAUCGAGAGCCACCAAUGGCAGACCGAUGUGGACAACCGUAUCCGCUUCGGUCUUCGUAGCGCACUGGAUCUGAACGUUAUCAAAACUGGCACGACUGUUGUCGCUGUCCAAGGCUGGAGGGGUGGCCUUGGCCACACCAACACGCUCCGUAUUCUUUCUGUGCCGACCGACCCUGCUGACCUGCAGAUGCAGCCGCUCGGAGGCCGCUAAGGGUGUUGAAGUGUACGAUAGACAGAUAGACAACGCGCUGGGCUCGCAUACGUGUACAUUAGUCCCGAUGGCUGCACCCUCACGACAGCUGAGUAACUUGUAUUAUUUUCAUGACUGCAAAAUUUUCGAACUUGG